AUGUCAACGCUUGUCUAUCGAGGACUAUGUACCCUUCUCCGCCGUUACGAUCCUCCCCUUCGUGUAGUUCAAGUUCGCGCGCGUCACCCAGAAAGGCGCACGGUUCCGGACACGUCGAUCGGCAUCAACCACUUCAUUCGCGUCAUUUCGGCUCUGGAUGAUGUGGAUGAACUCGAAUACCCCUUCCAUGUCGUGUAUAGCUCUCUUCAUCCGGUACCAAUGCAGUUCAACAUGCGCGUCCAGGGUGUAUUCAUUGACGGAGAUCUGACACCUUACGGGAACUGGGCAUAUAAUGGAGAAAUAGGGCCAGACCCUCUUCAGUGGAUGCAAUUGUACUGGGGAUACAGCGCCUUCAAAGAGCAAUUUGAGGCCCAGAACGCUCAUCUUAGAGCCGUCGUGGAUGCCUGCUUCAGCCAAGUAGGACUGCCCGCUCCUCAAGCCGAGACCCCUCCCCUCCUGUGUCUUCGACGAAGGAUCUUUCGCACUUUGGCGGAUGCUCAAGUUGGUUACGCUCUGCGGUUUGAUGAACUUCGUCCGGACGGUACCCUCUUGAGGUGUGGCCCGAACGACAUCUAUCCAGGUGAUGUAGUUGAAGCUCUGGUCACGGUGGAUAUCGCUGUCACACGGGCUGAAGACACCAUCCCCCGAACUUCAGUCUACCUGAGUUUUAAUAGAGUCACUGUCAUCGCGACUGAACAAGAUAUGUGGACACUCACGGGGGAGAAGUACGAGAGACCGGACAGGGAUAGUCGUCUAGAUUUCUACACAGCAGGCAAUAUGGGCUGGAGUGGCCCAUAUGCUCCCGCCAUAGAUCCUUGA